AUGAGCCUCCGUAAGCGUGGCGACGCAACGAAACUGUCCAAUGGAUCUGCACAUUCACCGUCACUGAUCAAGGACCAGAAGACAGAUUACUCACGGUGGCGUCUACGCGAUGAUCGAGGACGGCAAACAUGGCACUACUUAGAGUCAGCCGAAGAGUUAAAGAAUUGGCCGCAGACUGUUGCAGAUAAAUACUUUCUAGGUCUCGAUACAGGUCUACCAGAGCUGCCUCGAGCCAAUACACCAUUACAGGCAGCGGAGAAUGGUCUUAGCUUCUUCUCCAAGUUGCAACUGGAGCCCGGAAACUGGGGUUGCGAAUAUGGCGGCCCCAUGUUCUUGUUGCCGGGCACAAUUGUUACGCUCUAUGUCACGGACCUGCCAUUGUCGCAGCCGGAGCAAGCGGAGGUCAUUCGCUACAUCUUCAGCAUGCAAAACGUCGGCAGCAAGAACGGCGGUGACGGCGGCUGGGGCCUGCAUAUUGAGGGUGACUCUUCCGUCUUCGGCACCGCGAUGAAUUACACGACACUUCGUUUGCUCGGUGUUUCGCCUGAUGAUUCACGCAUGCGCCAGGCUCGUAAUUGCUUGCACGGGCUGGGCGGUGCGCUUAACGGACCGCAUUGGGCGAAAUUCUGGCUUUCCCUUCUCGGAGUGAUGGAGUGGGAUGUCGUCAACCCUGUUCCACCUGAGUUGUGGCUACUGCCAGACUGGACGCCGAUCUCGCCGUGGAGGUGGUGGAUCCAUAUGCGGCAAGUGUUCCUACCGAUGGGCUUCAUCUGGUCGAAGCGAUGGGUGUAUCCUCGAGCGGAAUCGGAUCCCUUGAUCAAACAGCUACGGCAGGAACUGUUCACUUUACCGCACGAGGAGAUAGCAUGGCCACGUUACCGCAAUGCCAUCAGCCCUAUCGACAAUUACAACCCAAAGUCCUGGCUGUUGAACUUGGUCAAUCUCCUUCUAGUAUGGAUCUGGAUACCGUUCCUUCGAUCCGACCGGAUCAUCGAACGCGGCGAGCGUUGGGCGUGGAAACUCAUACAGAUAGAAGAUGCGAACAGCGACUACGCAGAUCUCGCUCCAGUGAACGCGCCUAUGAACCUCCUGUGCUGUUACAUCGAAGAAGGAGCUAAAGCCUACUCUGUCAAACGCCAUCGUGAGCGGCUCCAAGACUUCUUGUGGAUGACGAAAGAUGGCCUGCUCGAGUGUGGUACUAAUGGCGUCCAAAAUUGGGACACAUCGUUUGCGAUCCAGGCGGUUGUCGCAACGGGUUUUGCAACGGAUCCAAAGAACCAUCAGACAUUGCAGAAAGCAUUAAAUUUCCUAGAGGAUCAGCAGUUCCUUGACCAUCCAACGUCUGCAGAGUGUGGCUAUCGUCAUGUGCGCAGAGGCGCCUGGGGCUUCAGUAACCGGACCCAAGGCUAUACAGUCUCAGACUGUACCUCAGAGGCGCUGAAAGCGACACUGCUGCUCCAAACGAUGCCAGAUCCUACCAAUCCAGGUGAGAAGCUUUUCUCGCAGGCCAUACCUGACCAACGUCUGAGGUGGGCAGUGGACAUCCUCCUAACAAUGCAGAACGGAGACGGUGCCUGCAGCUCUUAUGAGCCAACCAGAGGCAGCGAAAGGCUGGAGCUUCUGAAUGCUGCGGAAGUCUUCGGCCGCAUCAUGGUCGAGUACGACUAUCCGGAAUGCACAACAGCUUGCGUGACAGCGCUGCACCUUUUUAGGCAGCACUAUCCAAGCUAUCGUGCUGAUGCUAUCAACAUAUUCAUCAUGCGCGCAGUGCAGUGGAUCCGGAGCAACCAGCGUGCGGACGGCUCCUGGUACGGGAGUUGGGGUAUCUGCUUCACUUACGCUGGCAUGUUCGCAAUCGAAAGCCUUGCCACUCAAGGCGAGACUCACGCCAACAGUGAGCGUGUGCGCCGCGCCUGUCGCUUCUUUCUGGAUAGGCAAAACGAAGAUGGCGGUUGGGGCGAGUCGUACCGGAGCUGUGAAACAGGGAAGUGGUGCGAGCAUCCGGAAGGCUCUCAAGUCGUACAGACAGCGUGGGUGAUUAUUGCACUGUUGCAGGCGAAGUUCCCAGAGCGGGAACGGAUUGACAAGGCUGUCAAGCUGCUGAUGCAGAGACAGCAGCCUAACGGGGAGUGGCUGCAAGAAGGCAUCGAGGGUGUCUUCAACAAGAGCUGCAUGAUCUCGUACCCGAAUUAUAAAUUCAUUUUCCCCAUCCAAGCUUUGGGCAUGUACGCGAGACGCUACGGAGACUCAGGUGCAGAUGGCCACGCGUGA